AGGAAACGUCGUUGCUCUCCGCCGCUGCCCAGCUCCACUACCGACGACUACCGGCCACCUCCCGUCGGCAUUCCCGGUCUAGACCCCCGAGUCCGGAUGCCGGUGUCAAGACUGCCCAGGCGGACAGGCGCGACAGGAAGUGAGAGGCUCAAGGGCAGUAGUUGCCCUUGGGUUCGCCCCAUCCUGCGCCGUCUUCAUGUGGAACGCUUCCGUCGCUCUUCUUGUGUCUCCUUCUCAUCGCCCCACCUCAUCUUGUCUCCGUGCCCGAUCUUCAUUUCCCUCCAGCCUUUCCACAGAUCAUGACACACAUUAUCUUUUCUGUUACCAUUCACAACUUAUUCCGUUACUCUCACGCCAUACUCCUUCUGUGAAUCACCAUACAGAGUGCACCUCACUGCCUCUGCUACUGCGAACGAAUCUCGCCGGUUCUUGCCCAGCCAGUGCUAGCUUCAAGUGUCGUCGUCCAUCCCACCACUGGCGGCCGCGCCUCCAAGGUUCGACCUCGAGGUCCGGAGUUAUCCAUGCCCUUCGCCAUAAAGGUACUUUCUGGGCUGUAUUGUCUACUUCCGGACUUCACCAUAUUCCUGCAUGUCGGCACAUAUGCCAUAUACUUCGUACAGAGCCAGACGUUGUAUUCGAUAGACCACUCGAGGUUUCAUCUACCAAGUCAUAAUUCGCCAACAGUGCAAUAAUCAACCCCUUCGAUACCAUAAUCGCUUCUUGGGUGCCGACUUACAUACGCCCACGACCGAACCUACCGCCCCGUCAGCUGCUUUCGCCAGUAUCAGUAAGGCUGGAAGCACCAGAGCCCUCGGAUUCAAAAGAUUCCAUCCUUGAGUAGCCUCAGCCGAGUCAUCACAUCUCGACGAGUAUCAUCAAGACGACAAGACUUCGGAUCGCAUCAUGUCUCCCAACACAUCGCCCAACAUGGGUCGUGGCCGUG